UUGAAAUAUAUCAGUUUCCUUUCCUAGCCCUGACCCCUUCCCUGUAAGGUUGGAUACGGGGUAAAUUCUAGCGCUGAUAUCAUUUCGGUGCGGGAGAUGGUAUUACGUGACAGUCGUUAAAAACAUGGGGUGCAUUCCGAGUCAUGUUUCCUCUAGCGGUGGUCCAGUAGUAGAGUACAGCAGUUUGUGGUCACGGCUUGGAUUGUUUGGUUCUCCGGUACGGUUAUUGGUAGGGUUUGCGUUGUGAGAAUGGCGGCGGCUGUGGCUGCGAUAGGUCAGGCUAGUCAGUCUGCGGACAUCGUGACUCCGCGGACGUUACGCCGGCAGAUGUCCUGGCCUUUCAAGGCACGAUCCCCGAACUGGAAGGACUUCGACCGCGACCUGACCGAAGAGUGGCGGCGCGCCGAGUUCUCGCUACACAAGAAGAGAGUCAUCAUCAACGUCAGCGGACAGCGCUUCGAAACCCAGCUGGAAACACUCCGGAGAUUUCCGGACACGCUUCUCGGCAAUCCGGAGAAGCUGUCGAAGUACUACGAUCCCGUCCGGAUGGAGUACUUCUUCGACCGGCACCGCCCGAGCGCAGAGGCGAUCCUCACGUUCUACCAGACCGGCGGACUGCUGAAGCGGCCCCUGGAAGUCCCCGUGGACGUUUUCACCGAGGAGCUUCGCUUUUUCGAAAUGGGUGAGGGCAACAUCGACAGCUUUCGCUACCAGGAGGGCUACGUCAAGAAACAACCGGUCGAGAAACCGAAGAGCGAUCUACGGGAAAAGAUCUGGCGGAUCACCGAAGAUCCGAAAAGUUCGUGGAUCGCUAAGCACUUUUCGUACACGUCUGUGUUCUUUAUACUUCUCUCUGCGUGCGUGGCUUCACUAGAAACUCUGUCCGACUACAUAGGAGAACUGUCAACCAUAGAAACUCGCUUCACCAACCCGUUUUUCAUUCUGGAGAUCGGAGUAACGACAUGGUUUGUUCUUGAAAUCGCGCUGCGUAUGGCUGGGAUUGUGAAUAAGAAAGCGUACGGGCGGUCUUGUCUGGGAGUUUUGGACAUCAUGGCCGUACUACCGCUCUUUUUCAACGUGAUCGCCAUGUUGGCCAUACGGGAUGCCCAGACACUUCACACCGUUCUCCGCUGCACCAGGAUGCUUCGCGCCCUGAGAAUCCUCAAACUCUCCCGCCACUCCAGAGGCUUGAAACUCAUGGGUAAGACGUUAGCGGGUAGCCUGAGCGACAUCGCCAUGUUGUUAGGCUUCAUGGCGAUACUCAUAGUUCUCUUCGCCGCGGGAAUUUUCUUCGUGGAGGAGUCUGAUUCGGAUUCUCACUUCCGCAGCAUCCCCGAGGCGUUCUGGUGGGCUCUGGUGACGAUGGUGACACUAGGGUACGGGGACAUGUACCCACAGACACCGGGCGGGAAGUUCGUCGGCUCCGUGUGCGCUCUGGCCGGGAUCUUGACCGUCGCCCUCCCGGUGCCUGUCAUCGUCACAAACUUCGACACCAUGUACAACUUACAGGAGGAGGAACCAACAACAGAUGAGGAAAAGGAAGAAUAAU